UAAACUCAGAUUUCAUAGUGUAAACAUGUUAGCGGUGGAGUUAUAGUAGCAUUUAAAUGGGUUUUAACGGCCAAAAGUGAAAUUAAAACGACACAAUGAGUGAUAAAUAUGUAGCUUAAUAUUAUUUUGAAAUUUAGGUUUACAGAAUGGAGGCUGGAGGUCCGAAGAAAAUGAGGGUCAGAGAGCUGCCGCCGCUCCCACAGCGCGGUCAGAGGGCGCUCCCCACCAUGUCCAGUCAAGACACAGCAGAAAUUCCAGCAGCUAAACGGAAGAAGAAGAAGGCGAGGAAGGAAGUGGAAGGCGUCGACGACACAGACGAUCAGGGGAUGGAGAUGGGCGGAGUCAGCAGCCGGAGGGCGUCGGAGCUUGGAGAGCAGCUGACCCUCGAAGGCGCCGCUGAGGCUCCGCCCCAGAGGAGAAGGAGGAAGAAGAAAUCCCCCACCAUAGAUCUGGAGGACGAUCAGGCGGAUCUGGUGAACGGAGACACGGGAGACCAGACUACAGACGGGGAGGAAGUGGCCAAAAAAACCAAAAAGAAAAAGAAGCCGAAAGUCGUGGAUCUCCCCGACGAGUUGGACGUACAGGAAGACGACGUGGUUUCAGACUCCCCGAUCCCCCAGCAUGCCUUGUUCUCGGCGCCGCAGGGUCAGAGCCAGCCGGUGGCGAAGGUUUUCGUGGAGAGGAACCGGCGGUUCCAGGCGGCGGAGCGUGCCGACUUGAGGAAGAGCAGCCAGCAGACGGACAACAUGGCGGACUUCCAGCACCUGCAGCAGCCGUGGACCACCAGAGACGUGUCGGUGCGAGUCCACGGCGGUUUCAGAGUGUUCGGCCUGUACUGCCACGGCUUCCUGGCGGGCUACGCCGUGUGGAACGUGGUGGUGGUGUACAUGCUCGCUGGGCAGCACCUCACCGCCCUGGCCAACCUGCUGGAGCAGUACCACGGCCUGGCGUACCCGUCCCAGUCGCUGCUCUACAUGCUGCUGGCCAUCAGCACGGUGGCCGCCUUCGACAGGGUGAACCUGGCCAAAGGGUCGGUGGCGCUGCGGGAGUGCAUCACGCUGGACCCGGUCGCCCUCGCCUCCUUCUUGUACUUCUCGGCGCUGGUCCUCUCUCUGAGCCAACAGAUGACCAGCGACCGGAUCAACCUCUACCAGUCCUAUAACGCCACCUUAUGGCCGCCGGGCUCCGAGCACCAGAUCCUGCACCCCUGGGUGACCGUCAACCUGGUGGUGGCUCUGCUUGUGGGCGUCGCCUGGAUAUGCGUCGCCACCAGACCUGAGGCGGACUACACCGAAGGUUACCUGAGAGCCAUGGAGGUGGAGCCCCCGAAACCCGACGAGAAAGCAGAGAUUACCGCCUGAGCUCAGCAUUUUUUUAUUUUUUAUUGUUUAUAGAUUAUUUUUGUAUAUUUUCAAUGUGCUUGUUUUGUUUUAAAUAAAGAAUUUUGACGAAUUUA